CCAUCGACCUCGGAGCAGCUCCACGCGCCAUCCAGGAAGCUGAUGAAGCUCGUAUGAGUCUGGAUGGGGGAAAUGAAGGUCAACGCUUCAAUCGUGGGGCCUGGGGUAAAACCAGGCUUCUCCGCAUUUACCCCUGGCUGACUACAAAGCCAUCUCUUUGCGCUAUCAAAUUGACAGUUGCUGUGUAGCUUCCCGUCAGAGUCGUUCUUUCCAUUAGAAUUGUCCUCGAGCUUCAAUCUAAAGGCUUUAAGAAGCGAAACUACUACUCGAAGCUUCGACAAGUCGUGGUACUUCAUUCAUCAUUAUGUCUUCCUCGACCAACGGCUACGAUCAUGCUACGAAAGCUGAGAACGCCCAAACAAGUGCAGCCGACCAUGCUCAUCUUGAACGGUUGCACACAGCAGGUGGCCAUCCCAACGACCGCAGUCAGCCAUCACUGCCAGUGGUCCAUCGCAGCUUUGCCAACCCAGCACCACUCGGCCUCAUAUCCUUCGCAACCGACUUGUUCCUCAUCUCCAGCUUCGGCCUACACGCCCGCGGCAUCAUGACACCGAACGUAAUGAUCUCGGUGCUCAUCUUCUUUGGAGGGGUGUGUCAAUUCAUCGCUGGGAUCAUGGAGUUCGUGGCCGGCAACACGUUCGGUGCCACUGUGUUCUCUUCCUACGGCGCCUUCAACCUCUCUUACGGGAUGAUCUACCUGCCUGGAUCUGGGAUCAUUGCAGCGUAUACGGACGCAACAACUGGAGCAAUAAGCCCGGAAUUUGGCCAGUCCAUCGCAUUGUACCUCUGGGCGUGGUUCAUUGUGACCAUGAUCUACACCGUUGCGGCGAUGCGUUCCUCCUGGAUCCUCUUCUUGGAUUUGUUCUUUUUGGAUAUCGUUCUUCUCCUAUUAGCGGCUGGAUUCAUGGUAAACAGCACGAACGUUCUUACCGCUGGAUACGCAGUCGGGUACGUUGUUGUCUUCUUGAGUUACUGGGCCGGCUGUGCAGGACUUUGGGCAGGUGGAGUCACGCCUAUCAAUUUGCCAACUUUUGCUAUGCACAAGGAGGAGUAAGGAGAUUUGGACCAUAAAAGUACCCCAUCUGGCGUCAAUUUUCGUCCAAUUCACUUUCUAGGACUAAUAUAUGUGGUGCAUGUCUUCAGCUAGCUCUGUAAAUUCAUUGCCAUUUUCUUCCUAGAU